GCCACUAUCAAUUGGCUGUGAACUGGUGUGGGAUCAGGGAACUAUCACUACUGGCAUGGGAAACGAGGAGUUGGUGAUCGAACGAGCGGACCUCUUAGAGGUGACAGAGCCCAGUGCCGCUGAAGACGUUAACUGGAUCAAGCCGUUUGAGUUCCUCCGUCUCCAGCCACGCACUGCGUUGGUGAUCUUGAACCAGUCCAUUGGCGCCAUCAAUUUACUCAAGAUUUGGGGCAACACUGAGCUCCACGUGUGUGCCGACGGGGGAGCCAACCAGCUCUAUGAUUACUUCCAGGAUCCUGAAGCCAGAGCUCAGCACAUCCCCCAGUUCAUCGUGGGAGACUUCGACUCCUUGCGAACAGACGUUAAGCACUACUACUCAGACAGGGGUGCUGUCGUUGUGGAGCAACAGACCCAGUACUCCUCGGACUUCAUGAAGGCUGCCUUGGUGGUCAGACUCUACUUUUUGCUGGAUUCCGUGAGGCAAUCGCUCUACGACGAAAUCGACACUUACAACGGUCUUGCUGAAAUGGCAGAGAAAGCACAGGCUUCGAACUCCGAGGAAACCACCCGUAUCUACUACUUGGGCGGAAUUGGUGGCAGGUUCGAUCAGACGGUCCAGUCAAUCAGCCAGAUGUACUCCAUGAACGAGUCCACUCCCUAUAUCCAGCAGUUCUUCAUCACCAACGACGACAUAAUUUUUUUGGCCAAGAAGGGCAAGAACUACGUGUCGUACGGAAAUAAGAACCAGUUCCACACCAGUACGUUGCCGUGUUGUGGGUUGCUUCCUAUGGGCAACCGACCAGUGGUGUUGAACUCCUACGGGUUGAAAUACGACGUGGAAAAUUGGCACAGUCUCAUUGGAGGCAAGGUGAGCUCUAGCAACAGUGUUGCGGGCAUUUCCGGCUUUUACAUCGACACCAGCGAUGCAUUGGUAGUCAAUAUCGAGAUAGAGCAUGGUUGUCUCUAGAAAGCAUCACGUGAUAUUUCAUGCACACAAUCACCGGGCCUUGAAAAAAAUUCAAGGAGAGUGAACUCGCCAGACAUGUUUGGGGCCAGAACCAUGAUGCAAAGACUUCCAUUCACCGCGUUGCGGAUGCUUAGCAGCGUGGCCAGAGUGCCUCGCUUCACAGCUGCUCCUUUAGCGGCAAGAUUAUUUCCAUCUUCAGUCACAGUGACCACUCCACACACCAUGGUCUCCCACAUACAACCCGAGUUGAGUAUACUCGACAAGUUGCCCAUGAAUGCGUUCG